AUGCGGGUGCUCAUAGCGGUCUUAAUGACCGUAUCAACGGUUACGGCUUACGAUGCUGUUGUUUUUUCAAACGACAGAGAAAUCAAAAAGGAUUAUCCAAGCAUAGAGAACUUAGCAACGUCCUCAAGUGAAUCACCUGUCGUUUUUAUUGUCAAUCCGGAUUUUACUCUAGGUCAGUUUUCAAGAGAGGCGCAUGCCUAUUCAGAUAACAAGGAAAUGACUGGGCUACCUGCCACCGUCAAGUCUGCGUCGUAUAAAGCUAGCAGGUACAUCCCACGUAGUAUUCAUGCUCCUGAUGCUGUGAUUUUAACAAGCAAGGACAAUUUUGUUCCUGGUGCUCAUUCUUAUAUUCUGGUCGGUGAAGAUUGGAACAGCAUGCAGUCACUGACUGAGGAUAUCUUGCCCCAAUUAGGGGGAAAAUUUACCGCUAUUAUUACUGCAACCGAAGCUGUUUACGGCGAUCUGGCGCGAGUGAAGCGUGUCGCGACAUCCGAAAUGGAAAACGACGCUAAUCCAUCAGGGCCUCCAUCUGGAGCAGGAGGACCCGAGAUCAGCAUGCCUAUGAGUUUGCCACCAUACAACAGAUCACAAUAUCCCGAUGUAAAGCCUGGAACGCCUAUAUUGGGUUCGUGCAUGCUUUAUCUCGAAGGUGUCAACAUAGUUGUACAGAAUAGCAAGAAAACUUUCGCAACGAUACCGAUUCGUUCGUUUACGAACACCACUGCAUGGAGCUAUGCAGAUGGAGACGUCAAAUGCAACAACGCGACCAAUGGAACCUACUCAUUUGUUGUACGAAUGAACCUGAAAGGUGAUGUGGCCGACUCAUCUCAACGAGUCAAAGUGCGUGGAGGAAGCCCGAUAAUGUUCACACUCACUUUCAUUGGAGCAGGAGGAUACUGGGGACUUGCUGAUGUCACCGCGAACGAAGUCGCUGUUGAGGGAAUAAGCCCAACUUUCUUAAGCGGGGCAGCGAAAGCUCAGAGCACUCCCAUUUCGCAAAGAUCUGUGAACAACGUAGGAUUCAACAGUGUGACUGGACAUGCGCUCGGUUGCAGUGAUUCACAGGCAGCAUUUUUCAAAACUGAUCAGGAUGGCGUUCUCAUCGGGAUUUCACUUUACAAUACUGAGGUUCAAACCUAUGGCGUUUUUCCGGAUAUGAAGACAAAACAAAUGUACUUUACUAGGCAAGUUGAGGACUGUGUCGGAACGUUUUCAGUCGGAUCAUGGAUGGCGAUCGUCAGCAUUCUCAUCCUUGUCGGCGGCUUCAUUUUCGGAUUCCUGAUGUUGAAUUCUGUCCAAACAAUGGACCGAUUCGAUGAUCCGAAGCACAAACAGAUUGUGAUUAACGUAAGGGAAUAA